AUGAUGCAAAAGGAGACAGCAACCCAACAGCACAAUAGCAGAAUAUGUGGACAGCAACACAACAGCACAAUAAAACCAAAGAAUGCUGGAAUAUGUGGACAACCCAACAGCACAAUAAAACCAAAGAAUGCUGGAAUAUGUAGACAGCAACACAACAGCACAAUAAAACCAAAGAAUGCUGGAAUAUGUGGACAGCAACACAACAGCACAAUAAAACCAAAGAAUGCUGGAAUAUGUGGACAGCAACACAACAGCACAAUAAAACCAAAGAAUGCUGGAAUAUGUAGACAGCAACACAACAGCACAAUAAAACCAAAGAAUGCUGGAAUAUGUGGACAACCCAACAGCACAAUAAAACAAAAAAAUGCUGGAAUAUGUAGACAGCAACACAACAGCACAAUAAAACCAAAGAAUGCUGGAAUAUGUGGACAGCAACACAACAGCACAAUAAAACCAAAGAAUGCUGGAAAAUGUAGACAGCAACACAACAGCACAAUAAAACCAAAGAAUGCUGGAAUAUGUGGACAGCAACACAACAGCACAAUAAAACCAAAGAAUGCUGGAAUAUGUGGACAGCAACCCAACAGCACAAUAAAACCAAAGAAUGCUGGAAUAUGUGGACAACCCAACAGCACAAUAAAACAAAAGAAUGCUGGAAUAUGUGGACAGCAACCCAACAGCACAAUAAAACCAAAGAAUGCUGGAACAUGUGGACAGCAACACAACAGCACAAUAUAA